AUGCGCGCUUCUGUAAACGGCAACGCCAUCCUGCCAGUGAACUCGUAUGCUUGUAAAGGCGUCCUCCUCAGUGUGUGCACAGUGGGACACAGGGGCCCAGUCUGGUUCUGGAUCCUGGUUUUAAGUGUGCUGUGCAGGUUUGAAUGGGUCUGCAGUGCACUCGAGACAAAGGAGGUGCAAGAAUGUCUGGAUAACUUAAGUAAAUCCAUUCAGAACUCUACUGCGCAGCUGUAUGCUCCAUCAGUGGAUGAGAUCAAAGAGAAGUGUGAGCUUCCCUCACUCAUCUGCUACAUGCUGGAGCUGAAGGUGGUUUUCCUCGAAGAGGAGGAUCUUGAGAAGCAUGAGCAGGACAACAUAGACUGCGUCGCUGCUUUUAGCGAAACACUGCAAAACAUUGCCAUCACUGAGCUCAACACAGGGCCCUGUCCUCCAUGUGAAGCCACUGCACCAAGAAGCAUUACUACAUUCCUGGACAAUUUAAAAAGUUUAAUGCAAAAACUAAACUCUCUUGCACCUUGA